GUUAUAAAUGUCCCAACGAAGGACGUCACGUCACAUACCAGUAUGUGCUGCUCAUUACGCGCGCCGUUGCUUGCCAUUGCCAAAUGUGUGCCUCACAGAUUUGUGGAGGACCAUACGCAAGUAACGUAUACCGUCUCGACGUCCUGAGCCCGCCUCCGAGCCCCAACCCGCCCUCUCCUCCACUUCCUCCCACACCGCCCCCGGGUGGUCAAACGGGACUGUACUACGGCUGCUUUCAUGAUAGUGACAAACGCACGAUGCCGGUAGUACUGGCAUGGGAUAAAAAGGAUUUGACGCUGGAGGAUUGUGCCGCCCUGGCUCGCGCCGCUGGACUCAGGCUGUACGGUGUGCAGUUCUCGUGGUUUUGCUUUGGAGGCAAUGACCUUUCCUUAGCGACAAGCCUUGGCCAUUCUGAGGAAUGCACAAGGCCGUGCGGUGGCAACAGCAGCCAGGUCUGUGGGGGUCCGUACACCAACGGUGUAUAUAUUAUUCAUGAGCUGUACAAGGUCCAGGUCUCAGACUACAUGUGCGGAAGCGUCACCACCACCUACGUCAACACGGUGUCUGACGGCGAUCUGGCCGCGUACACGAAACUAGCCGCACUGGCAGCCCGCACAGACACCAACAGCGGCCCGAUGUGGGUGGAGAUCAGCGCAUAUGCAGCAGCGGGCACCCCUCUCGGCGCCCUCCACGGUGACAGCAGCAGCUCAGUGGGGGCGGAAUACCUGGUUUCUAACGUUGACGGUUUGGACAUUAUGGCCGUGCGCGCCUGCUGCGCGGGCAGCAGCGGCUGGGGCAACGCAGCGCAGACCCUGCAGCUGCAGCUGUCGAACGGCACCAUCCUCUACGUCGGCAGUAGCACGCUGUGCACCAGCGGGCAGUCCUGGGUGCCAGUCCCAGCCGGCCAUUGGUUCGCCGGAAUCCAGACGCAGUCACAGCCCAGCCCUGACAACUACGUCCACCGCGUGGCCUUCUUGUUUGCAGCUCCCUUACUGCUACCGCUGCCGCCAGCGCCCCCGUCCCCGUCUCCCCUACCUCCCCUCCCACCGCCGUCCCCUCCACCACUACCACCACCCCUGCCUCCUCAGGCUGAUGCCGGUGCUACGUUCAAGCUCAUCCGCAACAGUGCAUCCGAAUUGUGUUUGGUUGCCCAGCCAUGGCCGGGCGCCGGGCUCCUCACUGCCCCCUGCAACCCAUCCUCGCUGGACCAACAAUUCUGGCUUGACGCAGAUAGCGACGGGUCAUCAUACACCUUAAAGCUCAGAGCUAACGCGGGCCUAACCUUGGCUUACUUCGGGGGGCUGGAUAGUCCUCCACCGCCAUCAGAUCGGCGGGUUACGGUAGCCCAAUAUGUGUGCGAGUCCUACCAAGCGGCGCAUCUGAUGGCGCCGUAUGUGCCCAAGCAAGGCCUCGAUCAGACCUUUGAAUUUUUGGAUGGGAACAGUGCAAAGCACGCGGCACCUCCUGUCAGCGCCAGUACAUGUUUUGUACCAGUCCUCGCCAGCCACGUAGCCCGCUAAAAAUUGUUACGGGCUAGCAUACAAGUGCGUGCUGGGGGUUCCAACGCGGGGUAACACGGGGAGAUCAGGAUGGGUGAAGGGGUGAGGCCGCGGCAGGGACGGGCACACGCAACGUCGGUCCAACCUGGAACGCGAGGCGUGAGCCCGUGUGUACUAUAUUGGCAACCAAGUUAAAUGGGCGGGGUAAAUACAGAUGGAGUGCACCAAGCAGACGGCGUGAGAGACAAGGCGAAUUCUGGAUUCCGCAAAGCAAACCGUGAGGAAAAGGGCUGGCAGUACACAGGCCGUUUGAAGAUUGAUUGAUUGUGUUGAGCUAUCUGGAUGUACAACAAGAAGCGAGCGAGUAGGGGAGCAGUGCGGUAAGCUGUCGGCACAAGACGAAAGGCAAGCAGGUGGCGAACUCCAGGGCCCGAAGCAUUACAUUUGGUAGUAUGUAUGCAAUACGUAAUCAAGGUGACAAAAAGAAGGCAGUUUGAGCAAGGAGUCGCUGAAGGGUUGCGGACCGAGCAAGUGGUCGAAAGCCGCACUCGGCGACGAAGGGUCGGCUGCAUAAAACGGUGAAUGCGGUGAUCAGUUAAGGCUCCCAGUUGCUGAGCAGCAAUGGCUGGCUCAGCAACCGGGUCCAGGCCGGAGCAGCGACAGCUGAGCGCGGCCUGGGCAUGCGGCGGGCAAGACGAAGGCUGGCGAGAGGCCAGGUGUGUCGGUGUGCAGGUGUUUGUGUGUUUGACAUAAGGGCGCGCCUGAAUGCGCUGGUCGAUGGUGUCGGAGGGCCUCGCAGGCCUGAGGAAACAGACUGACUGUAGGAGCCCUCAAGGCGCUAGGCCUGAGGCGGUGAGAGUAGCAGGAUAGGUGAUGAUGUGAUGUGCGUGUUAGGAGGUUUGGCGGAGGCGGGCGCUGCGCAGAUGGCCUGCGCGGCUUGGCGGCCACUCAGGCCAGCCAAGCCAAGCAGGACAGGGGGCAGGCCGGGCAAGCCAGCCAGGCCACAGGCCACAGUCCUCGGCCUGAACGGCAAGUCCCAAGCGCCGUACGACCCAUUGAGGGGAGUAUAUAUAGGCGCUGCCGGCGCAGUGUUCGUCACCCAGCAGUAGAGUUGUAUUCAAGACUUACCUAACCAAAACAGAAUAACUCUUCUUACAGAAUCGGGCCUGGCAAGCCCACCGCUGUGGUCAUAGUUAGUGUAUUGCCAAGACAGUUGUGACGCUUUGAAUAGGUUACGUGUGCACGAGGGAACCAAGCCCUCUGGACCAACUUUGUAGCCGGCCAUCUGCGGCCAGGCUGACCGUGUAACGUGUGCGUGUGUGUGAAUCAACCUGGUCUACAGUUCCCCUGCCUCGACAACGCCUAGCCAUCCAGCCGGCAACGUCCAGUGCAGCUCUCUGAUCUAGACCUUUGGAAGCGCCAGCUAUUAUACCCCCCACACUCUCCGCCUCCCCCAUCGUGAGGUAACGUGUAGGGUUCUGUAAACAACCUGUCGU